AUGGGUGUGUCUGUCCUGCAGGACACGGGUUUCAGUGUGCACGUGGACCAGGUGAAGGGCCUGCCCCCGAGGUACACCAUGAACUUUGACGUGAGCUUUGAAAGUGCCCGCUGGCCACAGGGUGACGUGGAUGUGCUGCUGCCCAUCAAGGUAGCAGAAGGCCUCACGUAUAACAUCCGCCUCCAUGCCACUGUGUUGGAGCUGUCGCUCAAUGUCUCGAAGAGCACUCUGGAGUUCUCUGAUAUCCUCAUUGGGCAGUGCCAGCUUGAGACAGUCCGGCUCUACAACUGGUUCCAAGUGCCCUGCAAAUGGUCCAUUACUGCCAUCAAGCCUGUUAUGAAGAAGAAUCAACACAAAUACAUGACACCGGAUGGACGUCAGAAGCAGCUGGCAGUGGAGCAUGAGCCCUGUCCCUUCAAAGUGACGCCCUCCGAAGGAACCCUUGAUGCAGGAAGCUGGCAGGACUUGCAGAUCCAGUUUACACCCAAGGAGGAGAGGUCUUACGAGAAUGAGCUGACGCUUAAAAUUAGUGGGAGCUGCAAUCCCUUAAAGCUGCACCUCUCAGGACAAGGUCUGGAGCCACGGCUGGAGUUCAGCCCCCCAGCCCUAGAGAUGGGAUGGGUGCUGGUGGACAGCGAUGGGGUGGAGGCCACAGUGGUGGUGAAGAACCCAUGCAGCUUCCCCAUUGAGUUUUACUUCCUGGAUUUUGAUGAGCAGUACCCUGAGGAGGAGAAGGUGAGAAGGCACGUCUGGUCCCCCUGUACGUGCUGCCCAAGCUUCACAGCACUCCAGCAUUCCCAGGCUUGUGCCAGGGAGAUGGAGGCACUCCCCAGGGCAAAGCCAACUCUGCUGACGUGCUAUGGGAGGACUUGA